GAAGGCAGACAGACACACACUUUAGAUAAGGACAAUUAGUCACCAGCGAGACCCUGUAGGAAGAGAGGUUUAAAUCAGAGGGAUUUAAUGAGGGUGCUCUGUGUCUUCCCUGCAGCCAUGCCCUCCAGCAACUCCCGCCCCCCCGCGUGCCUAGCCCUGGUGGCUCUCUUCUUAGCUCUAUUGCUCCGUCUCUCCCUUUCCUCCCAAGCUGGAGACAGGAGACCCUUGCCUGUAGACAGAGCUCCAGGUUUGAAGGAAAAGACCCUGAUUCUACUUGAUGUGAGCACCAAGAACCCAGUCAGGACAGUCAAUGAGAACUUCCUCUCUCUGCAGCUGGAUCCGUCCAUCAUUCAUGAUGGUUGGCUCGAUUUCUUAAGCUCCAAGCGCCUGGUGACCCUGGCCCGGGGACUUUCGCCCGCCUUUCUGCGCUUCGGGGGCAAAAGGACUGACUUCUUACAGUUCCAGAACCUGAGGAACCCCGCGAAAAGCCGCGGGGGCCCUGGCCCAGAUUACUAUCUCAAAAACUACGAGGAUGACAUUGUUCGAAGUGAUGUUGCCUUGGAUAAACAGAAAGGUUGCAAGAUUGCCCAGCACCCUGAUGUUAUGCUGGAGCUCCAAAGGGAGAAGGCAGCUCAGAUGCACCUGGUUCUUCUAAAGGAGCAAUUCUCCAAUACUUACAGUAAUCUCAUAUUAACAGCCAGGUCUCUAGACAAACUUUAUAACUUUGCUGAUUGCUCUGGACUCCACCUGAUAUUUGCUCUAAAUGCAUUACGUCGUAAUCCCAAUAACUCCUGGAACAGUUCUAGUGCCCUGAGUCUGCUGAAGUACAGCGCCAGCAAAAAGUACAACAUUUCUUGGGAACUGGGUAAUGAGCCAAAUAACUAUCGAACUAUGCAUGGCCGGGCAGUAAAUGGCAGCCAAUUGGGAAAGGAUUACAUCCAGCUGAAGAGCCUGUUGCAGCCCAUCCGGAUUUACUCCAGAGCCAGCUUGUAUGGCCCUAAUAUUGGACGACCCAGGAAGAAUGUAAUCGCCCUCCUUGAUGGAUUCAUGAAGGUGGCAGGAAGCACAGUGGAUGCAGUUACCUGGCAACAUUGCUACAUUGAUGGCCGGGUGGUCAAGGUGAUGGACUUCCUGAAAACUCGCCUGUUAGACACACUCUCUGACCAGAUUAGGAAAAUUCAGAAAGUGGUUAAUGCAUACACCCCAGGAAAGAAGAUUUGGCUUGAAGGUGUGGUCACCACCUCCGCUGGAGGCACAAACAAUCUGUCUGAUUCCUAUGCUGCAGGAUUCUUAUGGUUGAACACUUUAGGAAUGCUGGCCAAUCAGGGCAUCGAUGUUGUGAUACGGCAUUCAUUCUUUGACUAUGGAUACAAUCACCUCGUGGACCAGAAUUUUAACCCAUUACCAGACUACUGGCUUUCUCUUCUUUACAAGCGCCUGAUCGGCCCCAAAGUCUUGGCCGUGCACGUGGCUGGGCUCCAGCGGAAGCCACGGCCAGGCCGAGUGAUCCGGGACAAACUAAGGAUUUAUGCUCACUGCACAAACCACCACAACCACAAUUAUGUUCGUGGAUCCAUUACACUUUUUAUCAUCAAUCUGCACCGAUCAAGAAAGAAAAUCAAACUGGCCGGAACUCUCAGGGACAAGCUUGUGCACCAGUAUCUGCUGCAGCCCUAUGGACAGGAGGGCCUGAAGUCUAAGUCAGUGCAGCUGAAUGGCCAGCCCUUAGUGAUGGUGGAUGACGGGACCCUUCCGGAAUUGAAGCCCCGCCCCCUGCGGGCUGGCCGGACUCUGGUCAUCCCUCCAGUUACCAUGGGCUUUUAUGUGGUCAAGAACGUCAAUGCUUUGGCCUGCCGCUACCGAUAAACCACCCUCACACCCACAAGCCACCGCAGCCGGCUGGACUGCUUUCCACUUUUCUGCCCCAGUGGUGUCCUUACUUUUCAGACAUCUUCUU